AUGAACCCUGUAUUUAAAGUAAAUACAUACUGGUACAGACAAGAAUUUGCAAAGUCACGUGGAAUGGUCCAUUGGCAUGGUUUGUGCUGGCGUUCUGAUAGGGAACCACACAAUUUACUGUCCACACUUAUUGAAAGAGGUCUUUCAGAUGAUGAUUGUGCAGAAUAUCUCUCAAAAUGGGCCAGAUCGAAUCUUGGAAUGACAGCUUCCCAUCCCGUUGGUAAAGAUGAACAAGGAAACUCAAAGAAAGACCUUUGGCCCCCACCUGAAGGAACAGCUCCUCCUCCACCAGAAGAAAAAAAUCCUCUUUUAAAGAUACUUAUGGAUGUUAGUGAAUCUCAGGAAUCUUUACUGGAAGACCAUCUCCUUCUAACAAACAAAAUUAAUAUUCAUCGAUGUUCCGAUUACUGUCUUCAAAUUCCCAAGCAUAGGGGGAGAUCAUCAAAGCGAGUGUGUAGAAUGGAGUUUGGAACAGAAGACAACCCUGGUAAAACUCUAUGUAGUAAAGCUGCAGUUGUCCGAGAUAAAAAUGGCUCAUUAAGACUAGAGAUGGAGCGAGAUCAUCCUCAGAUUGUCCAGCAUUCCCAAUAUCAUACUCAGGGUUGGAGAGCUAAUGGUGAUGUCUCAAUCAUUCUUUCUAAAAGCAAUCCAGAGAAUAACUCUGUUGAUGAAAUAAUUGCUACAGAACGAUAUGUCUCUGGUUAUGCAUGUAAAGGAAACCAGCCUACAGGAGCCCUUGUUGACCUUUUUUAUAAUCUGGCUAACAACCAGGAUGAAAAUUCUGGUGCCAAUGCCAAAAGUAUUUGUACAAAACUGCUUAUGAAUACUGUUAAACGGGAUAUUUCUAGUGUUGAAGCCUCCUUUGAACUAUCUUGUCUUCCACUUUUCCGCUGCAGUCAUCAAUUUCAGUCUGUUAGUCUCUCAGGUUCUAGGGUUCUUGAAAAAACUGGUUCUACUGUCACACGACAUACACCUCUUGAUAAAUACCUUCAAAGACAUGAAAAUGAUAAAAGCUCCUGGUACCAGUUCAUUUGUAAGUCUGGAAAAGUCCCAGUUAUUUCUGGCAGUCAAAUUAGAGCCUCAUGGCCCCUAAAUGAAGAUUAUUGUCGCACUAUGAUGCUGCUCCAUAUGCCAAACUGGAGAAAAAUUGAUGAUUUAAAGGAUAACAACAGCACAUGGUUACAACUUUUCACAAAUUUUCUACCUUCUGAAUUUUGUCCAAAUUUUGUAAGGGCAGAUGUUGAAAGGGCAAGACGACAUGAAGAGCCAGAGGUUUCAAAUUCAGUUCCAGAGGAAGAUACUGAGAAUUCACAUUCAAGUUCCCAACAACCUGAAUGGAUGGACCUCCUUGCACCAAAUCCUGAUUUUGAUUAUGAAAAUCCCGACUUUAUAUAUAACGAUGGAGGACCAGAUUAUGACUGGACUAGGGAGACCAUUCCUAACCCUGAUGAUAAAGGCAUCAAAUUCAUUGAAAACCUCAAUGUACAAACUGCAGAAAAUGUUUCUAGCAAUACAUUAGAUCUCCCAAAUGUGUCUUAUGAAUCUUUGAAUGAUGAGCAAACAUUUGCUUAUAAUAUAGUAAUGAAUACUCUCUUACAAUAUAAAAAUCAGUCUUCAAAUUUUCAGCCUCUGAGGAUGAUUGUUGCUGGUACUGCAGGUUCAGGGAAAAGUUUUCUUAUAAAGUGUCUUGUAAAAUCCAUCAAACAGCUCUUUCAUACAAACAAUGCUGUGCAAGUCCUCUGUCCUACGGGUAACAGUGCAAAUCUUAUUUCUGGUGUCACUUUACACAGUUCUCUUAAGAUUCCAAUUGGGCCAAAAUCUGCCAAGGAAAUGACACCCCCAGUGGGAACUACACUCUCCAAGUUACAGAGUGAUUGUGAAAAGUUAGUCGCUUUGUUUGUUGAUGAAAGAUCACUUGUAGGUUGUUGUACUCUCGGGUGGAUGGAAUAUUUCUGUCGCUAUAGUAUGAAUAUGGGUUCUAUGUCUUCUUCAUCAUGGGAUGGUUUAUCAGUGGUUGUUUUUCUUGGAGAUGAUGUUCAACUCCCUCCAGUUUGUGAUUCUCCUGUAUACAACUGUAAAAGCACUAAGCCUGCUUCACUUCAUGGUGCACUUGUCUGGAAAGAAUUUCAAACUGUUGUCACUCUUUCAAAUAUCAUUCGUCAAAAUAAAAACCAGAUAAAACUGAAAGAGGCAUUACUUGCUUUACGAAAUUAUGGUUUGUCACAUUCACAAGCUAAAUGGCUUCAAAAUUUUCAAUGGGAUUCCUUGAAAUUAACACAUGGGCAAUCAUUAUUGGACAGAAUGACACAAAAUGGUUUAUUUGUUUUUCCAACCCAUGCUGAAGAAUGGGAGCACAAUAAACAGCAACUGCUCAAGGUCAAUGAAAUUUCUCCCAUUGCCAGAAUCAAAUCAAUAGACCAAGGACAACACUGUAAGACAGUUUCAAGUGAGUCUACAAAUGGUCUUUCAGAAACACUGUUUCUGUGCAGAGGUUCCAGAGUCAUGCUGACAGUCAACUUAAAUGUCUCAUUUGAACUAUUCAAUGGUUCCAUGGGACAGGUUAUAGAUAUUCUAUACUUGAAUGGAAAAACCCCAAAUGAUGGUCUUCCAGAUGUAGUAAUGGUAGAAUUUACCAAGUACACAGGUCCUCCAUUUAUUGAAAGUCAUCCAAAACUUGUGCCAGUUGUUGCUGUUGAAAGGAAAGUAGACUGCCACUGCUUUAACUGUAAAAGAAAACAAAUACCACUAAGGUUAGGAUGGGGAACCACCAUUCAUCGCUGCCAAGGCAUGACAAUAGGUGAUGGGGAGGCUAGCAGAUAUAUUGUCAUCCAUCCUGGAAAUAAAACCUUUGAGUCCAGAAAUCCUGGAGCAUUAUUUGUAGCUCUAUCCCGAGCAAAAUCUGCUGGUGGUGAUGAAGAAGAUCCUGACUUUGCUUGGCAUCCACAUGUACUUGUUAAUGAAGACCGACUCUGCCUAAAAGUUUGCACUGAUACCACUAAAGCCCGCACAAAGGAAAUUGAUAGGAUACAAAUGCUUACAGACACCACCAAAAUUACUUACUCUCAUCUCUUGCAAAAAAUUCAUUUCCUCUAUGAAAAAUAA